AUGAAGAAGAAGAAGAGAGACGUAAGCAACGGCCACAGCAGCAUCAACAUGAACAGCGUCAUCAACGUCACCCCCCUCAGCGGCGUCGUUUUCAGAACCGCCGUUCUCCGGCGACACCUCCGCCGUCUCCGCCACCACGUGUUCCCCCUCGUCUCCGCCGUCUCCGGUUGCCUCCUACUCCUCCUCGCCGCCUUCUCUCUCCUCGCUCCGUCUCCGGUUCUGCAUCACCACGAUCACCUCUCGCUCUUGCGUCACUACCAUUCCUCGGAUGACAAUGGCGUCGUUGAGGCCCGGUCGAACUCGGAUGAAACGGCCACGUUUCGUGUUCCGGAGAGUGGAGGGAGCUCAGGUCGAGAUUUAUGGAGCACAAGGAAAUCGGAUUUGUUCCAUGGUUGCAGCAAUGCCGCCGAUAACUUUGCAACUGCUGAUGUGAAAACACAUUCGAAUCGCUACUUGUUGAUUGCUACGAGUGGAGGCUUAAACCAACAAAGAACAGGGAUAACUGAUGCUGUUGUUGCAGCUUAUAUCUUGAAUGCUACUCUUGUCGUUCCCAAGCUGGACCAGAAAUCAUUUUGGAAGGAUUCCAGCAACUUUGAUGAAAUCUUUGAUGUAGACUGGUUUAUAUCAUCUCUAUCAAAAGAUGUUGAAAUCAUUAAACAGCUUCCUACAAAGGGAGGAAAACCAAUGAGUCCAUAUACCAUGCGUGUCCCAAGGAAGUGCAAUGCAAAAUGCUACCAGAAUCGUUUAGUGCCUGUUCUUAAUAAAAAGCAUGCUGUUCAGCUCACAAAGUUUGAUUACAGGCUUUCAAAUAAGUUGGAUUCAAAUUUACAAAAGCUUAGGUGUAGAGAAAAUUUUCAUGCCUUGAAGUUUACUGACCUUAUUAAUGAAAUGGGGAAAACGUUGGUUGACAGAAUGAGGAUGAAAAGCAAGCAUUUCAUUGCCCUGCAUUUGAGGUUUGAGCCUGAUAUGCUGGCAUUUUCUGGAUGUGAUUUUGGUGGAGGAGAAAAAGAAAGGAAACAACUUGGGAAAAUUCGGAAAAGGUGGAAAACUUUACAUGCAAGCAACCCUGACAAGGUACGAAGACAUGGCAGAUGCCCGCUAACUCCAGAGGAAGUUGGCCUUAUGCUUAGAGCACUGGGUUUUGGAAGUGAUAUUCACUUGUAUGUGGCAUCGGGUGAAGUAUACGGAGGUGAAGAGACGUUGGCACCACUGAAGAAACUUUUCCCGAACUACCACUCAAAAGAGACUAUAGCAAGUAAAGAGGAGUUGACACCAUUUUCAUCCUUCUCUUCUCGAAUGGCUGCACUUGAUUUUAUUGUUUGCGAUGAAAGUGAUGUUUUCAUCACCAACAACAAUGGCAAUAUGGCUAGAAUGUUAGCUGGUCGAAGGAGAUACUUUGGUCAUAAACCAACAAUCCGUCCAAAUGCUAAGAAACUGUCUCUGUUGUUCAUGAAUCGUAAUAACAUGACUUGGGAAGAAUUUGCCUCCAAGCUUCGAACUAAUCAAAUUGGAUUCAUGGGAGAGCCAAAUGAGAUAAAGCCUGGCAGGGGUGAGUUCCAUGAAAACCCAGCAGCCUGCAUAUGUAGUGCAUCUAGCAGAAAGUCCAACGAAGUUCCAAUUCCUCAAAAUGAAAGUUAUGACAGCCAGAACGUACAUAAGGAGGAUGACACGAAAAAGGACAGUGGUUACGUGACAGACGAGCAAAUAACUGAGGAUGAGCAGGAUUGGUCUGAGAUUGAUUAUACAGAAAUGAAUAUAAAUCGUUCUCAGGGUAAAGUGCUGCCUAGUGUAAGAGUUUCAUAUCCAGGUCUUCUACUUAAACCUGACGAACCAGAACUCGAAGAGUUCUUUUCAGACUAGACUGAAUUAAUUAGGAGAAGACUAGGCUGGAUCUCCACCUCCGCGAGUUAGCUGAUUUGUCCAAACGAAUUCAUCACCAAAAUUCUUUGCUGGUUUGCUUUGAUAGGUUACUUGUGCGCACAAGAUUGAUUUUGUUACACUGAAGGGUAGUAAUAACAAGGACGCACAAUGUACAUAGAAGGCCUCUGUAGCAGCAGCAUCGGCAUUGGAAUAACAGAAUGGAGUCGUAAUAUAGUCAUAUUCAGAUUUUGAAACUUGUAAAUGAAGCUAGUGGAACAUCUUUUGCU